GAGGGCAGAGAAUAAAGGAGCAGAGUUGAGACCUCUCUCAAAAACCAAGACUUCGUCUUGAGGUGCUUAGGCACUGAGUGUUUGAGGUAAUACUCUGGAGACCCUCUUAACCCCUACCAAAAAUACCACACAACAAAACCAUCAGAUAUACAAAAAAUUCCUAAACAUAACUCCAACGAUCAUCUCCAGCAUUCUUCACAUAUCAUCUCCAUGAAGAUGCUAAGCAACAAGGAAUCAAACCAUUUCAACUAACAAGAAUCAGGUAUGUCUGACAACCCUAGUACUAGUAAAAAUUAUUUUGAUUAUUUAAACAAGAAUGAAGAAGAAAAUUAUUUCUUAGAUGGUAUCGUAGAUAUCAAAAAAAUAGAAGAGCAAACUAAUUUUACUUUAUCAGAAACCCAAAACUUCAUUACUAAGUCAUUUUUAUCUAAAUUAUUUGAUAGAAAAAUAUAUUAAAUUGGAAAGAUGAUAGGAGAAACAGUUAUACCAAUAGAACAGACCAAAGGAGAUUUUCUAAUCCAAAUAAUAAAUAAGGAACAAAUUAGAAAAAAGUUAUCAAAACUACAACAGGAAGAACGAAAUAAAAUAGCUUAUAUUCAUAUUAGUACGAUACAAAUUAUUUUUAAAUCAACAAUGAAAACAGGAAUAAGUGCGCCAAUAGAACUAGAAAUUAGAGAUGACAGACUCAUUAACAAUGAAGAAUGCAUAAUAGAAAAAGGACAAGGAAAUUUAGGAGUAGGAAUAAUUAAAUUUGAUAUUAAUUUACAACAAGGUUUAAGUCUAACAUAUGGAAAUCUUGAUUCCUCAAUAAUUAUAAAAUAUGAACUAAAAAGUGACUAGUUUAUGAGAGAAAAUAGUAAACCAUUUUCAGUAACAUAUCAAAUAAACUACGCUUUGACCAAUAGUCAUCAUAGUUUAACAUUCAAAGAUAAAGAAGUAAUUACCAUAGAAGAUUUAUUUAAACCACUAAUACAUUUAGAAUCCCCUAUAAAAAUAAUUAAAUCAGAUUAUAGUAAUCGAAAAAAUGAGCAUAGACGAACGACAUCCCUCUAGAAGAAUAACAAACAACUUAAAAGAAGAAGAACAAGAAGAAAAAGAAGAGAUAAGAAAUAUUACAAUACUUCAUCAAUAUGACGACAAUAGUGAAAUAAAGAAACUACAAGAACUAAUAUUAGAAUUAAAAGAUAAGAUAUAAAUACUAUAAUGCCUAAUACUCACCAUAUAAAUAAACUAAUAGAAGGAAUAUACGCUAUCGAUCUUACUUCAAUAAACGAUAUCACUAUGGUUACACUAGAACUAUCAUACUUUGUCUCAGAUAUUAUAGAAGAACAAAUGAGUAUCGGUACUACAGAAACAUUAGAGGAAGCUGUUUCAAAAAUCGAAUUAAUUACUGAUAUAAUAACUAGUCUAACUAAAAUAAAACAAAACCUAAUGAAUAAUUAAAAAUUAGUAAUAAUUAGUUAGGGAAACUGAAAUCUAUCUGCAAAACAAAAAAUUAUCAAUUGAACCAUAUCACUAUCUCCUUUCAUAAGGAAUAUGACAAAAAACUAAAGAAAAGAAAAGCUACGUGAAAAACCAUGCAUAUCACUUGUUUGGUAUCAAAUUCUUUGACAAGACUAUUAAAAUACUAUAUGAGGAUAUGUCAAUUUGGAAUCAAGAUAUAUGCGGAAAACUUUGGUAUCAGAGCCUCCAAAGCAAGCCCAUGAAAUGAAAGAGACUAAUCCAUUUAAAUUAAAAAAUAUUAGCCAAACAGUAAAUUACAAAAAAGUGCCCCAACAAGCUUCGCAAGCUCGCCUCGUUUGCAGCCCCACAUACAAAGCACCCGAUCGCACAAGAACAUAGUUAGUCUUAAUGGUCAUCAGAUUUAUAGCUCUACGCCUCUACCAAGCUCCGCCAUAGAUCUUGGUUUUGUACGAAAUCCUCUCCCACAUAUAUAUAAUAUAUAGCAUACCGCAAUUAGUUAGAGAAAUUGAUUAAGUCGAUCAUAUUUCCAACAGUCUACACAACAAUUAUAGGAUCAUGAUGAACAACAACAAAAUAUCGACAACAUAUAUAAACACGUCAUGGAAAUCUCAAAGAAGAGAAAUCCAAAGAGUGAUGUGUGUAUAUAGUUUAGAUUAGUGUAUGCAGGGUAUGCUUGCUUUAUCAUACGUUCGUCUUAAUUUUGUUAUUUAGACCAUGAAUUAAUUGGAGUUUUAGACAUGAUAUUAUAUCAUUUACUAUAUGCCUAUGUCCUGAUAUGAUCCCCAAUGGUCCAUUAUGCACGCUUAAUUUACUUGACGAAGAAGCUAACGAAGUUAGGAAGAAAAAGGGCAGAAUUUGGCUAAGUCAAAAUCCGUGUUCAAGGUACAUACUUUGGAGGCAUGGUUCUCUCAAUUGGCUUGGUAGAAAUUCAAUUUUAAGGGUUUGUUUUACAGAUAAAGUUACCAUCUUUCCAAAUUCCAAUGGUAUGCUUUGUAGAUCCAGAUGAUGUCAUUAAGGUUAUUUUCCAAGGCCUCAAUGUUGCUACCUCAAAACUGGAAAACUGCCAGAAAAUGACUAAGGCAGAAAACUAUUUUGUGAAGCCUACUUUGGAGAUCAAUUCAAGGAGCAUGGAUGGGAUUCAAGUCAAAAGGCUUCCACAUCGUGAAACUAGGUAUGUUUGUGAACAAAGGGAAGGAAUUAGAUGAAGAAUUGGAGUUUGGGAAGGCUUCGAACGAAAGGCGCGAAGUUAGUACGAAAGCUGCUUUUGGACUGUUGCUGGCAGCUUACUUACGCUUGAAGAAAGGGAGUUUAAACCCAAAUUUUGUGUCAUUUUUAGUGUAGAAUUUUACCUUAAUUGUUUCCUAGUUAUACUAUGAUUGUAUUAGGUUUUUAUUUGCCUUUAAAUACCGUUCUAUUUACGUUGUAAAAACUAAGACUUUGUUGAAUAGAAAUCGAAACCGUUU